AUGGGUGAAGAACAAUUUGGUGUGCGUCAUGUUAUUGGUGCACCCAUCUCAACUACGAGACUUUCUGAGCAGGCCAUCGUAUGUAUGCCUCCACGAUCUGCCAAGUUCACCUUAGCAGAAUGGAAGCUAUCCAACGAUAUGCGAAGCCGAAAUACAGAAGACCAGCAGCAGCUAGCAGACCGAAUUUUAAAAGAAAGUGAAAGGAUUCGAGACGAAACAGGUGAACGCGCGUCCAUCAUGAAAGCAACGUCUGAUAGACGUAUAGAAGAACGCCUUGGUGAUGUAGAAUUCAAUAAAAAAGAACUACAGCUGCAGAGAAAAGAAAUAUGCCUCGAACUAGAAGCACUCGGUGUUUAUAAGACUCGUCUCCAAGACUGCCUUGCAUCACUUCAAUCAAAUGCUCUGACCAUUUGCCGUAAGUGUUUAAUGCUGCGUGAUGGCCGUAUUGGAAUCGAUUUGGUUGUUGAUGAGGUUGAGCAUGCUCUUCAACAGGAAAUAACUACGAUUCUAGGCGGUCAAAGUCUUUUGAAACGUGCUUUGGAACAAUUGAACGAACAAAUGAGGCGCCUUCGUGCUACCAGAUAUCUUCUAGACAGAGAUCUGCAAUACAAGCAAGCAGCUAUUGAUCUGGACAAAGGUUCUUUAUCUUUGAAGCCAACUGAUCUAUGCCUGUCUGUCUAUGAAGGCUACGCUAACUUGGAUCCAGCAAAUAUUUCUGCUGAUGAGUAUAACGCAUAUUCAGCUAAGAACGUGCAACAAGCUGCAAGAGAAGUAACCAGUGCUCGUCCAAUACGUGUAUUUAUUGACGUAUUACUAAAACAAGUGAUUGAUGAUCUUUGGUGUUCCUUUAACAAAUGCAAUCACGAGUUUAAUGAGCGCAUAGAAGAUACUAAGAGGACAAAGGCAAAACUGGAAGACAUGCAUAGAGAAACAACGCAGAAAAUAGCUGAUAUGAUGAAUAAUAUUCUUCAACUGCAGAAGGCGUUGUGUGACAAGGAAGGGAAUACAGCUUUGGCUCAUACAAGACUGGGGAGAAGAGCUCAGCGUAUAGGAGCUGAACUAGUCCGUGAUCCACCAGGACAAUCCUUGUACUACGAGUGUGAGAUGUUACGACAAAGCACUGAACAGCUCCAACAAAUGCUGCAUGAAGCGAACGCAUCCUUGCGCUAUUUAUUACAAACUCAGAUACAAUUAGAAGAAGAUAUAAAUGUUAAGAUGAAUACUUUAAAAAUCGAUGAAGUUGAUUGUAUGACGCUACGUACAACUAUGGAUUAUCAUGCCUAUUAA